AUGCACUUUCUCGUCGCUCUUACCCUCCUCUCUGCAGGCCUUGUCGCAGCAUAUGAUCUGCCAGACAAUCUAAAGCAGAUCUAUGACAACCACAAGACCGGAAAAUGCACCAAAAAACUCUCAGGCGGCUUCACAGACGGCAGCGAUAGCACCUCCCACAGCUUCGCCUACUGCGCCGACCUCGACGGCGCCAUCUACCUGCACAGCUCCAGCAACGGCGGCCAAUACGACAACCUGGACGUCGACUGCGACGGCCGCAACGACAAAGGCGGCGCCUGUGGCGCGGACCAGACGGGCCAGGACCAGACGGCGUUCAAGGACCAGCUGAGCCAGUACGGCAUCCAGGAUCUGGACGCGAAUGUUCACCCCUAUGUCGUGUUUGGCAACACGAAUUUUGAUCCGCAGCAGUAUGGGAUGGAGCCGCUGAGUGUCAUGGCUGUUGUGUGUAAUAACCAGGUGAUCUAUGGCGUUUGGGGCGAUACUAAUGGCGAGGACUCGACUGGUGAAGCGUCCAUUUCUCUCGCGCAGAUGUGUUUCCCCGAUGAUUAUAUCAAUGGCGAUAAUGGCCAUGGCCAGGACGAUGUGCUGUUCUUGGGCUUCACUGGGAAGGAUGCUGUGCCUGGUGACAAGGCGGACUGGAAGGCUGGGGACCGCAAUGCCUUUGAGGAGAGCAUUAAGGAUCUUGGGGAUAAGUUGGUGGCGGGUCUGAAGGCUUAG